CCGCGACAGCCCUCUGGACCAGAAGAUUACUCCUGCACUCCACUGUAAGCUGUUCGGAUGGCCCAGUACGAGGAGGUGAAAGUGUCCGGCUUUGAGGAGUUCAACCAGGCUGUGGAGGAGCACAAUGGGAAGACCAUUUUCGCCUACUUUACCGGUUCUAAGGACGCCGAAGGGAAAAGCUGGUGUCCCGACUGUGCGCAGGCUGAACCAGUCGUUCGAGAGGGGCUGAAGCAUAUUAGUGAAGGAUGUGUGUUCAUCUAUUGUCAAGUAGGAGAAAAACCUUAUUGGAAAGAUCCAAACAAUGACUUCAGGAAGAAACUGAAAGUAACUGCAGUGCCUACACUACUUAAAUAUGGAACACCUCAAAAACUGGUUGAAUCUGAGUGUUUUCAAGCCAGCCUCGUGGAGAUGUUAUUCUCUGAAGAUUAAGAUUUAAUGAUGGCAAUCAUGUCUUGAUUUGUGCUAGUAUUAAAAGAAAUGCACACUUCCUUUGAAUUUAUGUUAGCUAUAAAUAUGU